UAAGAAAUGUAGGAAAAUGACAGACACCACGUGGAGAGAAUUGCCUGUGUCUUUAAGUGAUACGAUCCACCAGACUCUACGCGAUGGGGGAUUUUUGUACCCCACACCUGUGCAGGCUACGUGUAUACCUUUGUUUUUAACUAACAAAGAUGUUGCAGCCGAAGCAGUCACAGGCAGUGGUAAAACAUUGGCUUUUGUUGUACCAGUUCUUGAAAUCUUAAGGAAAAGGGGUAGCUGGACGAAAAAAGAAAUCGGAGCCAUCAUAAUCACUCCAACAAGAGAACUUGCCAUUCAAAUUCAUGGGGUCUUAUCGCCAUUUUUGACCCAUAUACCUGAACUAUCUUCUUUGCUGCUCAUUGGAGGUGAAAAUCAUGUCAAGGAUGCAGAGAAGUUCAAGGCUAACGGUGGGAAUAUUAUUAUUGCCACACCAGGAAAGUUGGAAACCAUGCUUGAAAAGCCUCAGCAUGGGUUAAAUUUGGCUGCAAGUGUUCGGUCCUUAGAAGUCUUGGUUUUGGAUGAAGCAGACCAGCUCUUGGACCUGGGUUUUGAAGCCAGCAUCAACACAAUUUUAAGUUAUCUUCCAAAACAAAGAAGAACAGGUCUAUUUUCUGCAACCCAAACUGAUGAACUGGAAAAUCUCAUCAGGGCUGGACUUAGAAACCCAGUAAGAGUAAAUGUGAAAGAAAAGAAGAGAGAUGAUGGGAAAAUGGAACAAAGGACACCCUCGACGCUAGAAAAUUUUUACAUGAUCGUAGAAAGUGAUGAAAAGUUCAAUCAAAUGAUGAAUUUCAUUCAAGCAAGGAAGAAGGAGAAAAUCAUGAUUUUCUUUAGCACAUGUGCAGGAGUUGAUUAUUUCUCGAAAAUGUUACAGCUUUUAUUAAAGAACACACAGGUGUUAUGCAUACAUGGAAAAAUGAAGAACAAGAGAAACAAAGUGUUUGCAAAGUUUAGAUCUUUAGAAAGUGGAAUAUUAGUGUGCAGCGAUGUAAUGGCCCGUGGGGUGGAUAUUCCAGAGGUGAACUGGGUAAUACAGUAUGAUCCGCCCAAAUCCGCCAACUUCUUUGUUCACAGAUGUGGAAGGACAGCAAGGAUAGGAAACUCAGGAAACGCUUUGGUGUUUCUUCUUCCUGCGGAGGACACUUACUUGAACUUCUUAAAAAUCAACCAGAAAGUGGAGUUACAGAGAAUCGAUCCGUGUGACAGUGUGAAUAAUUACCUGCCGAAGCUAAGAAAGUUUGCUCUGAAAGACCGAGCUCUGUUGGAAAAGGGGGCAAGGGCAUUUGUGUCCUUUGUGCAGUUUUAUAUCAAACAUGAAUGUGGACUUAUUUUCAGAAUAAAGGACUUGGAUUUUGGAAAACUUGCUAAUGGAUAUGGACUUUUACGCAUUCCAAAGAUGCCAGAAGUGAAAGGAAAGGAUGUAUCUAAUUUUGUUCCUGUGGAGGCAGAUUUCAGCAAAAUCGCAUACAAGGACAAGCAAAGGGAAAAGCAGAGACAAUUAAAAGUGCAGUCUGAGGAACCAAAACAGUCCAAACUCCGCAGGCCACCUAGAUCUCAAGCCUGGUCCAAACAGAAAGAAAGGAAAGACCGCAAGAAAAAGAGGAGAGAGGUUAAAGAAAUCUCCAGGAAAAGGAAAGCACAGGAUGCGGAGGCAGCUGACGAAGAGGAGGAGGAUGAUUUCCAAGAUGAUGUUAAACUAAUGAAGAAAUUGAAGAGAGGAAAGAUUUCGAAGGAGGAGUUCGACAGUCAGUUCGCUCCCUCUGAUGGUGAAGAAGAUUGACCUGUGAUCUGGAUAAUGGCAACACGAUGCCAUACAUGUAUUUGAAAUAAACUACAGUAAUACAUGUACCAUACCACAUUUACAACAUGUCUCAUAUGAUGUUCCAAUGCACACUGUUUGCCAGACAGUUAAUUUGCUUUUUCUGCAGAAACAUACACAGUCUCUCACUUCUAGAUGACCAUUGGGUUAGAGGCUUUAUAGCUUUGUGUUAACCAGUGAAGAAAUCCUUGAUUUCUUUGUCAUUCUUCAUGUAGAGACUGGUUUCACAGUGUAGAGUGUACAUUUGACAGAAGUUAAAAUUUCUCAUUGAAAUAUUGUUAUUGGUUCAAGGCUCUAGCUUUUGCUCUUGAACUUUCGGCAACCAAAAUGUCAAUACCCAAUAGAUAUGACAUCAUUGACAUAAUGUACAUGAGUGAUUGACGUAGAUUGCAAAGUUUCCCACAAUAUGUACAUCAAAACAAAUUAAAUGAUUUUACUUCAAUGAAUUUUGAGUUUUGAAUUG